AUCUCCCUCCCACAGUAGGUGGGGGCAGUCUUCCUGGAGCUUGUGGACAGGAGGGUGCUCAGUGAAAGUGAGGGACAGUCAGUGAUCCAGAAGCCAUUUGCACCAUGAGUGUCUCUGCGCUGAGCCCCACCAGAUUCCCAGGCAGCAUUUCUGGCUUCCUGCAAGUGGCCUCUGUCCUCAGCCUGCUCCUGCUGCUCUUCAAGGUGAUCCAGUUCUAUGUGCACAGGCAAUGGCUACUCAGAGCUACCCAGCAGUUCCCAUCCCCAUCUGCCCACUGGUUCUUUGGGCACAAGAUCCCUGAGGACCAGGAGCUUCAAGAGAUUCUAACACAGGUAAAGAAUUUCCCAAGUGCCUGCCCACGGUGGUUCUGGGGGUCCAAACUGCGCUUACAGGUGUAUGACCCUGACUACAUGAAGGUGAUUCUGGGGAGAUCAGACCCCAAAACUCAUGGUUCCUACAAAUUUCUAGCUCCUUGGAUUGGCUAUGGUUUGCUUUUGUUGAAUGGAGAAACCUGGUUCCAGCACCGACGAAUGUUGACUCCAGCCUUCCACUAUGAUGUCCUGAAACCUUAUGUGAGAAUCAUGGCAGAUGCUGUUCACAUAAUGCUGGAUAAAUGGGAACAGAUUGUUGACCAGGAUUCCACCCUGGAGAUCUUCCAACACAUCUCCUUGAUGACCUUGGACACCAUCAUGAAGUGUGCCUUCAGUCACGAAGGCAGUGUCCAGUUGGAUGGAAAAUACCAGCCCUACAUCCAAGCAGUUGAGGACCUGAACAAUCUCUUUUAUUUCCGUGUGAGGAACAUCCUUCACCAGAAUGACACCGUCUACAGUCUGUCCUCUAAUGGCCGCCAGGCCAUCAGUGCCUCCCGACUUGCCCAUGAUCAUACAGAUCAAGUGAUCAAAUCAAGGAAGGCUCAGCUUCAAGAUGAGGGAGAGCUGGAAAAGGCUAAGAAGAAAAGGCGACUGGAUUUUCUGGACAUCCUCCUGUUUGCCAGAAUGGAAAACAGAAGCAGCUUAUCUGAUAAGGACCUGCGUGCUGAAGUGGACACGUUCAUGUUUGAAGGCCAUGACACCACAGCCAGUGGUAUCUCGUGGAUCCUCUAUGCUCUGGCUGCACACCCUGAACACCAGCAGAGAUGCAGGGAUGAGCUGCAGAGUCUUCUAGGAUCUGGAGCUUCUAUCACCUGGGAUCACCUUGACCAAAUGCCCUACACUACCAUGUGCAUCAAGGAGGCCCUGAGGCUCUACCCACCUGUCCCAGCUGUAAGCAGAGAUCUCAGCACACCUGUCACCUUCCCAGAUGGACGCUCCUUACCCAAAGGUAUCUCAGUCUUGCUCUCCUUGUAUGGCCUUCAUCACAACCCAACUGUCUGGCCAAACCCAGAGGUGUUUGACCCCUCUCGAUUUGCACCAGAUUCUUCUCGACACAGUCACUCAUUCCUGCCCUUCUCAGGUGGAGCAAGGAACUGCAUUGGGAAACAGUUUGCCAUGAAUGAGCUGAAGGUGGUCGUGGCCCUGACUCUGCUCCGCUUUGAGCUGCUGCCAGAUCCCACCAGGAUCCCAGUCCCCAUACCGAGAAUUGUGUUGAAGUCCAAGAAUGGGAUUCAUCUAUGUCUCAAAAAGCUCCAAUAAUCCUCUCAGGACAAGGACAGCUCCAAUGGCAUGCUGCCUGCCAUCUUGGCUUCCUGUCACUCACUCUUGUCCCAGCCCAUCUGCUCACAUCCUUUCUUUCUUCCCUCCUUGUUCAUCUCCUUCUGUGUGUUUCCUGUCAUCUUGUCUGCCAGUCUUUCUUCCUCACCUUCUUCCAGGAUCACUACCUGCUUUUCUCUCUACCUGUCCCCUACAUGAAUGCAUGUCUGAUCUUCCACCUUAAAAAUCUCGCUGACUUCCACCCUGCCUGCUCUUCUGGGUCUUUCAUUCUUUUCUGCUGCUUGUCUGUCCUUGAAUGCGCUUUAUACUGAUGCUGUAAGUGAUUGCAACAGAAGCAAGUGCUCUUCUGGUUCUAAAUACCAGACAUUUUACAUAAUUUAACUGGGGUGAAGCUAAGAUAACUGCAGGGCCAUGCUAGCCCCUUGGCUAUUGCUGCGUCUCUUCUUUUUCCCUUUCCAUAAUCCAGAGCUGCCUUCCUGGGUUUUAAAAGCCCUCCUAAGUGUUAAAACCAAACACCAUCUUUAAGCAUCCCUGCUUCUGUCUCCAGAUCAUCUCUCCAUCUUUCCGAGGUGUAUGCUCACUUUGUGCCUGAAAUGGAAAUAUUUGCUGUGCUCGCAGUUCUACCAAGAUCAGGACAUGCCUGUCAGAAGAGCCAUUGUUUAACCAACCUAAUAUAGUUCUUCCCUGACUGUCACCUCAUAUAUCCUUCUAAAUCUUUCCUUCAGAGUCUCCAUCUACCCGCUUAUUUUUAAAGCAAGCUGAGCCAUCUUCUCUCUUCCCUGCAAUAAAGUUCACAAGGUGGCAUGUUGUUCCUAUCCUCUUUGGAGGAAAGGGAGGGAAAAGAGAGAAACUAAAUGGGAGAGUGUUGUAGGAAAUCCUACAGCCGGUAGCCUUUACGUUACCUGCCCACUUGGACGUGUAUACUAUUGAUGCCUACUUAAAGUCCGCCUGGUCUCUUUUCUGGAUGCGGGAUUUGGUUGCAGUUCUCCAUUCCAGCAGAGGGUAAUGGUUUGUGAGUCUACUCCUAAAUAAAUAAGCCUCUAUUAUUCUCAA